GAAAAUAUUGCGCUGCCCCCUGUGCCCAGAUACUGACCUCUGCAUUUAUGUAUUUAUGUAUCUACUCAGCACAUCUCAUCUGUGCAUCAUUGCCGCCCACAAAAGACACAGCUCCCAGCAGCCGCCUGAAAUAGCAAGCUCUUCUUCCACCUAGCGCCGAGCUCCCUCCUUCUCCUGUCCAUCUCAGCUUCUCCUCUCAUCUUCGUGAGUUCUUGCUCCUUUGGCUGUCUGCUUUUCCAUUUGAUGAGAAUUCUUGGAGGGCGGGGACAAGAGAAGAAGUCGAAGUUCGGUUCAGCAAGGCGUGCGAGCAGAGUGGGAUCGAGUUGAGGAGAUAUCUGAGAGGUCUUCCAAAGCAAAAUCCAGGGCAAUACUAAAUACCCAUGUAACCAUUCUCUUCCAGAUUUGCCAACACCAAUUCUUGCAAUGAGAAUACACAUCAUAUUCUGUCUCCAACUCACCAUACUCUUGUCCCUCUCUGUGAGCUCAACCUGCCAAACUGAUCCCCAAACAGAGGCACUUCUCCAAUUCAAGGCCAGCUUAGCUGACCCUCUCAACUAUCUUCAGACAUGGACAAACGCCACGUCCCCGUGCCAGUUCCAUGGCAUCCAGUGCAACGCAGGCUUGGUGACUGAGAUCUCGCUGUCGAGCAUGAACCUCUCCGGUACGAUCUCGCCGUCCAUCGCCGCGCUCAGCGGCCUGGAGCGGCUCGAUCUGGACACCAAUUCGUUGUCAGGAGCUGUACCUUCUGAGCUGAUCAGCUGCACCCAGCUCCGGCUCCUGAACCUUUCCUGGAACACCCUGACCCGAGAGCUGCCGGAUUUUUCGGCGCUGACGGAGCUAGAGAGCCUCGACGUCGCGAACAAUGGCUUCUCGGGCCGGUUUCCGGCGUGGGUGGGCGACAUGACCGGCCUGGUGUACCUCAGCAUCGGCUGCAACAACUACGAUCAAGGGGAGAUGCCUCCGAGCAUUGGGAACCUCAAGAACCUGACGUAUCUGUACCUGUCGAACUGCAGCUUGAGAGGGGCGAUACCCGACUCCGUCUUCGAGCUGACCCUGCUGGAGACGCUGGAUUUGUCCCUGAACAAUCUCGCCGGCGAGAUCCCGAGGGCCAUCGGCAACCUCAAGAAAGUGUGGAAGAUCGAGCUGUACAAGAACAGCCUCACCGGCGAGCUCCCACCGGAGCUUGGCAGGCUCGCGGAGCUGCGGGAGAUCGACGUCUCCCGUAACCAGCUCAGCGGCGGAAUCCCGGCAGCAUUCGCCAAGCUCAAGAACUUGGAGGUGAUCCAGCUGUACCGGAACAACCUGUCCGGGGCGAUCCCGGCUGAGUGGGCCGAGCUCAGGUCCCUGAAGAGCUUCUCCGUCUACGAGAACCGCUUCACCGGCGAGUUCCCGGCGAACUUCGGCCGGUUCUCGUCGCUCGAAAGCGUGGACAUCUCCGAGAACGGAUUCGUCGGGCCGUUCCCGAGGCACUUCUGCAACGGCAAGAGCCUCCAGUUCCUUCUCGCCCUGCAGAACGGCUUCUCCGGUGAGGUCCCGGAGGAGUACUCGGAGUGCAAAACCCUGCAAAGGUUCCGGAUCAACAAGAACCAGCUCACCGGCAGCAUCCCGGAGAGGCUGUGGGGGCUCCCCGCCGUGACGAUCAUCGACGUAUCGGACAAUGGGUUCACCGGGACCAUAUCGCCGCUGAUCGGCGAGGCGCAGAAUCUGAACCAGCUCUGGGUGCAGAACAACAGACUCAGUGGCACGAUCCCGGCGGAAACCGGCCGGCUCGGGCAGCUCCAGAAGCUCUACCUGUCCAACAACUCGUUCUCGGGGACAAUACCCUCGCAGAUUGGGAACUUGGCUCAGCUGACGGCGCUGCACCUGGAAGACAACGCAUUGGGUGGCGCAUUGCCCGCUGAUAUCGGCAGCUGCUCCAGGCUCGUCGAGAUCGACGUCUCCCGGAACGAGCUCACGGGGCCGAUCCCCGCCUCGCUGUCGCUGCUGUCGUCUCUGAACUCACUCAACAUCUCACGCAAUGCCAUCACCGGGAUGAUCCCGGCCCAGCUUCAGGCGCUGAAGCUGAGCUCCGUCGACUUCUCGGCGAACCGGCUUACCGGCAGCGUGCCGCCCGGGCUACUCGUGAUCGCCGGCGACGAGGCGUUCGCCGGGAAUCCCGGUCUCUGCGUCCAUGGCUGGUCUGAGCUCGGCGCGUGCAAUACGAACGACCACCACAGGGACGGCCUGGCGAGGAAAUCGCUUGUCGUCCUGCCGGUCAUUGUGUCCGUGAUGGUGCUGCUUGUGGUUGGCAUACUGUUCGUGAGCUACAGAAGCUUCAAGCUCGAGGAGCAGAGGAGGAGGGACCUGGAGCGCGGCGACGGGUGCGACCAGUGGAAGCUGGAGUCGUUCCACCCGCCGGAGCUGGACGCCGACGAGAUAUGCGGCGUCGGGGAGGAGAACCUCGUCGGGUCGGGCGGCACGGGGCGCGUGUACCGGCUGCAGCUCAAGGACGGCGGCGGCACGGUAGCCGUCAAGCGGCUGUGGAAGGGCGACGCGGCGCGGGUCAUGGCCGCGGAGAUGUCCAUCCUCGGUACGAUCCGGCACCGGAAUGUCCUCAAGCUCCACGCCUGCCUGUCGCGCGGCGAGCUCAACUUCAUCGUCUACGAGUACAUGCCGCGGGGCAACCUGUACCAGGCGCUCCGCCGGGAGGCCAAGGGCGGCGGCGGCGAGCCCGAGCUGGACUGGCCGCGGCGGUGCAGGGUCGCGCUCGGCGCCGCCAAGGGGCUCAUGUACCUCCACCACGACUGCACACCGGCGGUCAUCCACCGCGACAUCAAAUCCACCAACAUACUUCUCGAUGAGGACUACGAGGCCAAGAUCGCCGACUUCGGCAUCGCCAGAGUCGCCGCCGGGAACUCCGAGGAGUUCAGCUGCUUCGCCGGAACCCACGGCUACCUCGCUCCCGAGCUCGCCUACUCUCUCAAGGUGACGGAGAAGACGGACGUGUACAGCUUCGGCGUUGUGCUGAUGGAGCUGGUCACCGGCCGGAGCCCGAUCGACGCGCGCUUCGGUGAGGGCAAGGACAUCGUGUUCUGGCUGUCGAGCAAGCUCGGCGCGCAGAGACUGGACGACGUCGUGGACCCGCGCCUCGCAGCGUCGUCCGCCAAGGGCAAGGAGGAGAUGCUCAGGGUACUCAAGAUCGCCAUGCUCUGCACAACCAAGCUGCCGGCCGGGCGGCCGGCAAUGAGGGACGUGGUGAACAUGCUCACGGAUGCCUGCGCGGGGUCGUGUAGCCCGCGCGGUAACCCGCCGGUGUGGAGCUGCAGCAAAAGCGCGCGCUGAAUUUUAGAGUAGACUCUGACUCCUGGGUACCACCGUCUUAUCUCUGUUUUUUUUCUCGACAUCAGUCUUAUCUCUGAUUUUGUAACCAAAUUCUGAUGUGAUCUUUGUGGUGUAUUAGUAGGGUCAUAUGUUUGCAGGUAUAUAUAUAUAUUGUAAAGUAUUUACGACCAUAUUUUGCGUGGAUAAUGAAGUGUUUUACACUUGAUGA